CCCAACUCCGUCCUCGCCGAACCCAGCAACCCACCCGUAAACAACUUGUCUUUCCGAGGAGCACCGUCCUCGGUCGUAUGUAAAUCAAUCAUAAGCAUGGCAGGCCGCGUGCCCUCGAUCGCCUGCAUAGGCAUUAUCGGGAAACAUAACAAUCCUCUCCACAUCUCCCUCUUCCCGCCCGAGGCCCGCGCUCCCCUUGAAUUCUCCUUUCUUCUCUCCUCGUCCCUCGACAUCUUCGAGGCUCGCCUGCCGCACAAGACGGCCGACCAGGACUUCGGUUUGCUGCAGGCCGUCGAUGAGCGCCUGGCCAUGUACGGCUGGAUGACCAACACGGGCGUCAAGUUCGUUAUCAUCGUCGACAUGGAGGGCCGCUCGGCCACGAGCUCCGACGCCAAGGUCACGGCCGCCGUAGGCCUACGGGAUGCCGAUGUGAAGCCGGCUUUCAGAGCGUUGCAGACGGCCUAUAUCGGUCUGAUGCGUAACCCGUUCUAUGACCCGGAUCAGCAUUCGCCUCUAACGGCAAAUGCGGCGCAAUCAGUUGGCUCUACCCAGAUCACGAGCAGACGCUUUAUUGACGAAGUGAAGAGAAUCGGGGAGGGUUGGGCACCGGGCGUCUCCAAUCUUUAA